GCCUUCUGCGUUGCUAUGGCGCCGGGGGCGGGGCGGACGCCUGGGACCACUCGGCGGUUUGGCGGGAGGGAGGGGCUUUGCGCAGGCCCCGCUCCCGCCCCGCCUCCAUGAGGCCCGCCCCGAUUGCGCUGUGGCUGCGCCUGGUCUUGGUCUUGGCCCUGGCCCUUGUCCGCCCCCGGGCUGUGGGGUGGGCCCCGGUCCGAGCCCCCAUCUAUGUCAGCAGCUGGGCCGUCCAGGUGUCCCAGGGUAACCGGGAGGUCGAGCGCCUGGCACGCAAAUUCGGCUUCGUCAACCUGGGGCCGAUCUUCCCUGACGGGCAGUACUUUCACCUGCGGCACCGGGGCGUGGUCCAGCAGUCCCUGACCCCGCACUGGGGCCACCGCCUGCACCUGAAGAAAAACCCCAAGCUGUGUGCUUUCUGUGGCUCAGACCCGCCCGGACCCCAAGUCUAUACAGCAAGAGGAGGCAGGAAGACCCAGAUACGGAAAUCAUGGCGCCUGCCAGGGCCUGGUGCAGUGGUUCCAGCAGCAGACGCUGCAGCGGCGGGUGAAACGCUCUGUGGUGGUGCCCACGGACCCCUGGUUCUCCAAGCAGUGGUACAUGAACAGCGAGGCCCAACCAGACCUGAGCAUCCUGCAGGCCUGGAGUCAGGGGCUGUCAGGCCAGGGCAUCGUGGUCUCUGUGCUGGACGAUGGCAUCGAGAAGGACCACCCGGACCUCUGGGCCAACUACGACCCCCUGGCCAGCUAUGACUUCAAUGACUACGACCCGGACCCCCAGCCCCGCUACACCCCCAGCAAAGAGAACCGGCACGGGACCCGCUGUGCUGGGGAGGUGGCCGCGAUGGCCAACAAUGGCUUCUGUGGUGUGGGGGUCGCUUUCAACGCCCGAAUCGGAGGCGUGCGGAUGCUGGACGGUACCAUCACCGAUGUCAUCGAGGCCCAGUCGCUGAGCCUGCAGCCGCAGCACAUCCACAUUUACAGCGCCAGCUGGGGUCCCGAGGACGACGGCCGCACGGUGGACGGCCCCGGCAUCCUCACCCGCGAGGCCUUCCGGCGUGGUGUGACCAAGGGCCGCGGCGGGCUGGGCACGCUCUUCAUCUGGGCCUCGGGCAACGGCGGCCUGCACUACGACAACUGCAACUGCGACGGCUACACCAACAGCAUCCACACGCUCUCCGUGGGCAGCACCACCCAGCAGGGCCGCGUGCCCUGGUACAGCGAAGCCUGCGCCUCCACCCUCACCACCACCUACAGCAGCGGCGUGGCCACCGACCCCCAGAUCGUCACCACGGACCUGCAUCACGGGUGCACAGACCAACACACGGGCACCUCGGCCUCAGCCCCACUGGCGGCCGGCAUGAUCGCCCUAGCGCUGGAGGCCAACCCGUUCCUGACGUGGAGAGACAUGCAGCACCUGGUGGUCCGCGCGUCCAAGCCGGCGCACCUGCAGGCCGAGGACUGGAGGACCAACGGCGUGGGGCGCCAAGUGAGCCAUCACUACGGCUACGGGCUGCUGGACGCCGGGCUGCUGGUGGACACCGCCCGCACCUGGCUGCCCACCCAACCGCAGAGGAAGUGUGCCGUCCGGGUCCAGAACCACCCCACCCCUAUCCUGCCGCUGAUCUACAUCAGGGAAAACGUAUCGGCCUGCGCCGGCCUCCACAACUCCAUCCGCUCGCUGGAGCACGUGCAGGCGCAGCUGACACUGUCCUACAGCCGGCGCGGAGACCUGGAGAUCUCGCUCACCAGCCCCAUGGGCACGCGCUCCACACUCGUGGCCAUACGACCCUUGGACGUCAGCACUGAAGGCUACAACAACUGGGUCUUCAUGUCCACCCACUUCUGGGAUGAGAACCCACAGGGCGUGUGGACCCUGGGCCUAGAGAACAAGGGCUACUAUUUCAACACGGGGACGUUGUACCGCUACACGCUGCUGCUCUAUGGGACGGCCGAGGACAUGACAGCGCGGCCUACAGGCCCCCAGGUGACCAGCAGCGCGUGUGUGCAGCGGGACACAGAGGGGCUGUGCCAGGCGUGUGACGGCCCCGCCUACAUCCUGGGACAGCUCUGCCUGGCCUACUGCCCCCCGCGGUUCUUCAACCACACGAGGCUGGUGACCGCCGGGCCUGGGCACACGGCGGCGCCCGCGCUGAGGGUCUGCUCCAGCUGCCAUGCCUCCUGCUACACCUGCCGUGGCGGCUCCCCGAGGGACUGCACCUCCUGUCCCCCAUCCUCCACGCUGGACCAGCAGCAGGGCUCCUGCGUGGGACCCACCACCCCCGACAGCCGCCCCCGGCUUAGAGCUGCCGCCUGUCCCCACCACCGCUGCCCAGCCUCGGCCAUGGUACUGGGCCUCCUGGCCGUGACCCUCGGAGGCCCCGUCCUCUGCGGCAUGUCCAUGGACCUCCCACUAUACGCCUGGCUCUCCGGUGCCAGGGCCACCCCCACCAAACCCCAGGUCCGGCUGCCAGCUGGAACCUGAAGUUGUCAGCUCAGAAAGCGACCUUGCCCCCGCCUGGGUCCCUGACAGGCACUGCUGCUGUGCUGCCUCCCCAGGCUGGCCCCAGAGGAGCGAGCACCAGUCCCCGACGCCUGGCCUGCCAGGGAUGGGCCCCGUGGAACCCCGCAGCCUGGCGGGAGAGACAGAGAAGUCUCCUCUGCAUUUUGGGUUUGGGCGGGAGUGGGCUGGGGGGAGAGGCUGGAGCACCCCAAAAGCCAGGGGAAAGUGGAGGGAGAGAAACGUGACACUGUCCGUCUCGGGAACCGCGUCCAACCUCAGAGUUUGCAAAUAAAGGUUGCGUAGAAGGUG